AGAUUUAAAAAUGUUGUUUUAAUAACCUAUUAAUUUUAAUGAAAUUUUUAAAACCUGUUUCAAGGAUAAAAUAUAAUGUCAUAUAUUAUCGUUAUUACGUAAUAAAACGAAAUUUAUUUUCUAGUGCUUUGUUAUAAAAUCGCAAAUCCUUUUCUGCUGUCAUCAUUUGACAUUUGACAAGUGUUAGGUUAGAAUCGUUUACGUAUCGUCUUUUUCGUUGUAAUUUACCCAUUUUAACUAUCACAACCAUGGAAAAAGUUUUAAAAACCGUUAAUCAUAUCAUUGUGAAUACCGGGAAUAUAUUGUCAUUAAAUGAUUUAACGAAAAAACCAGGGCAAAAUCCAACUGAAGAACUUACAGACGCUAUGAACAUCACUAUUAAAGAUUUUCAAAAUAAUGGAGAAAAUCUAGAAUUGGUUGAUCCAUUUGUAAUUUAUAGGCAACAUGAUGAUUUAACAGCAAAAAUUUCUGAUAAUGAAAUUUCUGAAUUGAAAAUUGGGUUGAAGGUGUUUUUAACUAGUGAUGAUAAACAAUAUGUAGUGGAUGCUUUAGAUAAAGCAUUAUCAGUUUUACAAGUAAAUUCAGUUCAAAAUGUUAUAAUGUCUUAUAAUCAAGUCGAUGAUAUAAACAAAAUACAAAACGUUUGGAAAGUUUUAGAGGAAUAUACCGAAAAUAAGAAAAUAUCUCAAAUCGGAAUUGCAGAUGUAGAGGAAUCUACAUUUAGAUCUUUACAUGAAUGGGCUUUAAUCAAACCUAGUAUUAUCCAGAUAAAUUUAGCAACAUGUUGUGUAGUUCCACCAACUUUACAAGCAUUUUGUAAAGAUCAUGAGGUACAAUUAUUAACACAUAGUGAUCCUACAGAUAUUUUACCACACGAUAGAAUAAAUCAAAUAUUUAGCCAAGAUCUUCAAUUAAAUUGGGUUUUAAGAUUUUUGGUCCACAUUAAAUGUCGUGGAGUUUUGGCAACUAAAGGAUAUUUAAUCAGUUUGAGGAAAUAAAGAUUAUAAACGCUUUCGCAGUAUUGUUGAACUUUAUUUUACUUAAAUGUUAUGACUCAAUUGCAUUUUAUAUAUGAAAGGUAUAUGAA